AUGCCCUCCAACACAAUGCCUUCGUCGCAUCCCAAUUGGUCCACUGCGUCGGUGUUGACCGUCUCUAUCGCGUCCUUCUCCAUCGGCGUGGCUGCGGCAGAUGCCGUGCGUGCAUCGCUGGGCUCGUCGGCCGGCUUUGUUACGCGCUCUUUAUCAACUGUUUCGCUUCCUGAGCAGGCGCAGCUCUUUGAUCCUGCUGAACUUGCUGUGCUGGCCCAUGUUCCUCCUCCGUCCGAGUUCAACGGCACGUCGGUGUUUGUACCACCAGGCAAGACUUUGGCAGGCAUGGUAGAGAAGCCAUUCCAUGUAUACGACGAAGCGUUUCUGGAAAUCCUAGGCAGCAAUCCUACAUUAACUUUGAUUGCUCAGACAGACUCGGACCCGCUGUUUCAUGAGGCUGUUGUCUGGCAUCGCGCAACAGACGAGGCCUUCUUUGCACAGAAUGCUGGCGCACCGGCCGCAGGCACAGGAAAGAACAAGUCUGCUAUAAUUCAAAAGAUCAGUCUGAAAGAAGCCAUGGCUGUCGCGGGAACGAAGAAUGCCGUUGGCAAGGUAAAGGUAGAGACUGUGCCUACGAAUCCCCAGGUUCUCAACCCCAAUGGAGCAACAAAUUACAAUGGAAAUUUCAUCUUUACUGGCGAAGGCAUGGGUCUAGACCCUUCUGCGCUCUAUCUGGUCAACCCAGAAGCUCCAUACAACACCACGGUGCUCGUCAACAACUACUAUGGCCGCCAGUUCAACUCUCUCAACGACGUUGCUGUUAAUCCUCGCAACAAGCACAUCUACUUCACCGAUGUGACGUACGGAUACUUUCAGGAUUUCCGCCCUGCGCCUGUGCUCCCCAACCAGGUGUACCGCCUCAACCCCGAUACCAUGGCGGCAACAGUAGUUGCUGAUGGCUUCCGCCUGCCCAAUGGCAUCAUCUUUUCACCAGAUGGCCAGUACGCAUAUGUCACCGAUACAGGAACCAACAGCGUUUCCAAGUACGAUUACACUGCGCCUGCCACCAUUUACCGCUUCACUGUUGCUGCAGACGGCACGUUUGUAGACCGCAAGACUUUUGCCUUCAUCUCCACUGGAAUUCCCGAUGGAAUCCAUACCGAUGCCCAAGGUAAUGUUUACGCAGGCUGUGGUGACGGUGUACACGUCUGGGACCCCUCAGGAACGCUUCUCGGCAAAAUCUUCACCAACGGCACGUCAGCCAACUUCAACUUUAUGGGCAGCGGCCGUAUGGUCAUCUGCGCCGAGACAAAGCUCUACUACGUGACCCUGGCAGCCUGUGGCGCGCCGUUUUUCUAA